UCCAACCCCCCAAUCAGGAAGCGGCAGGCGUGAGCGCAGGAUUAGUGCGGAAUUGAGCCGUAGAAUUGAAUAAAAACUGAUUUCUUUCCCAAUCGGUACUAUUUUCAUAAACAGGUCGCGAUGGUUUAUCACUCGGUGGCGUUGCCUAUGAUCUGCUUCACCACGCUGUGGGGUUUAGUGGGAGUUGUUGCCCCGUUUUUGGUACCGAAAGGACCCAACAGAGGUGUCAUCAUAACCUGUUUGGUGCUGACUGCGGUUUGCUGCUAUUUAUUCUGGUUAAUAGCGAUACUGGCCCAAAUAAACCCUCUGUUUGGACCUCAGCUGAAGAAUGAGACCAUCUGGUAUCUGCGUUAUUUCUGGGAAUAGAUGAAGGUGUCAUUUGCCAAUUUCAGUCGGACCACUUAUUUCAUCAGUCUUUUUUCUGACCCUAACACUAAUAAAAUAUUUCACACAGUUAUUCAGUUAAAACAGCCCUUUGUACCUUUGUUUUAAUGUGAAUAAGUAAAACAAGAGGUUAUAUAUAUAUAUAUGUCCUGAUAUUGUAGUAAUUAAUUCCAACUACGAAAGAGUUAAACACUUCGGUAAUACUAUGGAUACUAUCAUAAAUAUGUACAAAGAAAUGUUUUAGUGAUGUUAUUGUGACGUCCAGUGCAUUUGAGAAAAUACACUUGUAAAGUACUGUUAAUGUUAGUCAGUUUUCAUGAAAUUUUCCUUGCAUCUGUGACAUGCUUUAUCCACAUUUUCUUGUUAUUAUUUGUAAACAUUUUACUUGUUUUUUGUUUCCAAAUGUGAUGAAUACUGUAUUAAUUUAUUGUAUGAAUGAAAGUUGUUGUAUGUGUUAAUUAAAGACCAUGAUGUUAAAACAAAACAUAAGUGAACAUUCUCGUGCUUUAAUGUAUUUAACUUCCAUAAAUGUAACAAAUAUGCACAACCAGAAGUGGAAGUAACAACAUCGACUUCAAUACUCAUUAAAUGUAUUAUAAGGAAACUCUUUGUAUAAAAGCAGCAGUUUUUAAUUAUAUGUCUAUUAUAUAAAUACUUUAUUUACCUGUCUAUAUCUGUUACAUCUCAAAUAUUUGCAGGAGAUCAUCUUGAUCUUGUGCUACUCAUUUUUGAAAAAUGGUGUAUUGAUAAGUACAGUUUUUGAUGAAUACAGUGCAUCUGUUAUUGCCAUGUUGGGAUAUGUUUGAAAAGUAAUAAUUUGUCAUUUCUGGUUAUGUAUGCAUCACAAUAGUGAUACAGUCAUGUGAUAAUACAGAUUAAAUAUUUCAUAUCAGUACAUAUGUUGCAAACAG